GGUGGAAGAGGAGGACAAAAGAGGGCAGCUUCUGCAAGAUCUUGAGAUGCGUGAAGACUGCAGAAGACACCGCAUCAGCCACCACCACCACCACCUUUAAUUCCUGCCUCCAGCCCAGCCUCCCCCAAACAUCCAUCCACCCCGACAAGUUUGCCAACUCCACCGUCUCACCAUCAUCGCCGUCGUCCAGGAGGAGCGACGAGAAAUCAAGCAGCCGACGACGAACCCAGCUGCUGCAAGCAAGCUAUCUUCGAUCCCGUCGGAUCGAUCGCAUGCGGCGGCUUCUCGGUCCAUCCAUCUGAGAUCACCGGGAGGCACUGCACCGAUCCGUCAUCCAUGGGGAGCGGCAAGGCGUCCCCAGGCGCCGGUAGUGAAGGCGCGAGCGGCGGGCCGCCGCCGGGCGCCGUCUGCUGCAUGUGCGGCGACAGCGGCCUCCUGCCCGAGCUCUUCCGCUGCUCCGCCUGCUCCGUCCGCUCCCAACACACGUACUGCACGGAUCGAUACCCGAAGGUGGAGUCGUACGGCACCUGCAACUGGUGCCUGAGGGCGGACGGAGGCGUGGCUUCGACUUCGUCAUCGCCGAGGUCCGCCGGCAAGGCGGCCGCCCGGUCGUCGGCUGCUCACGGUGACACGACAGGCGGCGGCGGCAGAUUAUCGCCCAAGGUCGCCGCUCGUGGCGACUUCGCGUCGUCGAACCUGAGCAAGCCUAUCAAGAAGCAGCAGCCGCAGCAUCAGCGGCUCCUGCUGCGGCGGUCGGCGUCGGACCUUGGCAGCCGCGUCCGCGACGCGCCGCCGCCGUCGCCCGGCGUCGCGCGCGGCAGGCCGAGGGUCCGGAGGUACAAGCUCCUGGAAGAGGUCAUCACUAGCUAGCCAGUAGACAGCGAUCAUGUCGUGGAUGACACGUGUGCCGUGUGCGUACGUAUUAGGUGUGUACGCGUGCAUCUUGUGUCUCCAUGCGUGCAUGGAGAUCAGCUGCUAAUCAGAGUGUGCGCCUUGCUGUACAUGAGGAAUAAUACUUGCUAACGUACGUGCAGAUCGAUCAUGCGAUGUAUGAGCAGCUAUAUAUUCGCUCCUGAUCUAUCGUCUCGGUUAGUUAACUAGCUGUUUAUAGAGAGAGUUCUGCGUGCAAAUAACAACUACUUUCUGACUAUGUACACUUGCUAAUCUCGAGCUUAAUCAAGAAAAG